UAUGUGAAGUAUAUUUAUCCUUCACACUGUUUAUCAGUAUUUCUUUCUACUUUUUACAGAGGAAUAUAACCGUGAUGCUUGUUAAACAAACCCAGGCUUUUCCCGCUGUGGUGGUUGUGUUUGUGGUGGGCCUGGCAGUUACAUCUGGGAAGAUUUGCUACUUUCCAGAGACGGUACCAGUAGUACAGUCGGAUGGAUCUGAGAAAUGUGUCUGUGACACAUCACGAGGCUACUGUGGUCUCAGGGAAGAUUUGUGCGUGAAAAAUGUCUGUGAUGACAACAGAAUUCUUCUACAUGAUUGUUUGUGUGUUUGUCCAACAAAUUAUACAGAGACUACUGAAGGCAACUGUAUAGCGGUUCAGACACCCAAGUGCAAGGAUGGGAAGAUCAUACUCCUGAACGAACAAUGUGGCCUACCGAGCACUGCUGACACUAACAACACCAAGACAACUAGCCCUCCAGUUCCUCAGAUAAAUCCUCCUGAGGUGAAGGCAACUAACAUAACUUCGACCUCGGCGAUCCUACUUAUCAACGUGAUACGGCCACAAAGCAUGAUGGGAUAUAUAGCUGCUCGCAUAUAUGGACCUCGCAAUGAAUCCUUGCUGAGACAACAGGAGAGGGAUAUUGAUCCUGACCGUAACAUUACCGAUAUGAAGCUCCCCAACCUUUCCCCGAAUACGACUUACACGGUGGCUGUGAGAGUGUUCCUCCAGAACGCCAGAGCGACUGAUGCCAAAGUAUUACAAAUACGCACGAUUUCAGAAAUCAGUGAACAGGAAGGCCCUACAACAGGACCUUAUCUGCCCUCAGACAACACUGACGUUUUAAAGAUAUUAAUACCAAUAGUGUCGAUAAUGGUGGUAGCGCUAGUACUUAUAGUAUUCUUUUGUGGGUGUGGUAACACCAUAACAUUCAGAUGUCAGAGGCUACAACAACGAUUUCUUAAUACACGCAGAAAUACACCCAUACAAGCAGUCCCCGUAGUGACAGGUCGGCCGGGAUCUCCUGUUUCGCUUACGGGUGAAAACAUUCCUCUGCGUGGACAAAGGAAUGGUGAUGUAGUCCCCAAUGUCAUCGACGAAGAUGAGAAUGCCCGUCUUGUGAAUUCCCGUGAUAACGAGAGGGAUCACAGAGAAGUGUCCCCUUCAGCUGACUCAGUUACAGAAAGUGUUGAGGUUGGAAUCGCUCAUAGUGUGGAACCACCCGUUGACGACACAGAUGUUAUUGUUUUUGAAGAACAAGACAACACAUUGCCUAAUUAUCACAUCUAUCCAAUUCUUUCACAAACUUCAUACAAAAGUAUGGCGGGGAGUGAUGAUGACCCAGAGGAUACCAAACUAAUGAAAUUGGUCAGUGAGCCUCCAUCCAGUGGUAUGGUAGGGAGGGAUGAUGAACAAGAGGAUACCAAACCCACGAAAUUGGUCAAUGGAUAUCUAGCUGGUGGCAUGAUAGAAAGUGAUAAUGGUCAAGAGAAUACCAAACUAAUGAAAUUGGUCAAUGAACAUCCAUCCAGUGCAACAGAGGCUGCCGAAAGACUUUGUUUCCAACCAAACACUAUCGAUGGUAACGGCAAGCAAGUUAUCAGUAAUCAGAUCAAUUCCAUCGGCCCUCUUACUGAUGAAUCUCAACAAGACGACAGCCGAGUAAUUGAUAAUCAGAAUGACUCCCAUGUUCCUCUUACAGAACAAUUUCAACAUGGCCUCAACAAUAGAACACAGCUACAUGACAACCCCAGUAUUCAUAGUAUCCAGCAGUUUGGUGGAACUCAACCUUCCAGUAAUACUAGUUAACGCCACAGGUCGCUAGGUAGGUAGCUGUAUAAAUUCGGUUGGUUUGGUAUUGCUGAACACCAAAUCGACAGUUCUGGUCAUUUAAGGACGUCUGUAUCAAUUGGACUAUAUGUUGUGACUAUAGACAAAUGAAGGUUUUAAGUAGUAUGUAUACUUAAUGUACUCCGCACACUGUACUGACUUAUGUAUAAUGUGUACAUGUAGUUCAUACUGUAGUUGAAAUUGCUCCAAAUACAUUAAUUUAUCAGGGAAAUUGCGAAUAUUUUCAACACAUCAGAAUGUUCCGACAUUCAAACGAAUUCAUCUCCUUGGGGCUACAAGAUUUUUAACAAUUAAGAUAUCGUUCUUAAUUUUUAUCAUAAAAUCACACUAACAUAAGCUUUAUUUCAUAUCAUUUUAUUCAUCUAAACAAAUAUAAGAUAAGUGUUCUGAUGUUUCAAAGCGAGAUUACAAGUAAUAUUAUUCUAAAAUUGUUUGCCCAUUAGGAACAGAAUUCAGUGAUCGACAAUGCACAGUCAGCAUUUAGAAGAAAGAAGGUGCUAGCAUUAUACAGCCAAGAUGUAAAAUGCGGAUCUAUGGUCUGACAGUGUGAAUAUAAAAAAAAAUUGGGACCUCGGCUGGUAAUGUUUUAUAUGUAAUUCUUCGAUGUAAUUUCGAUAUGGAAAUUGGUGUUUACUUUUGGUCUCGUGAGGUGGUGACAUGUUGAAAGUCAGGUUGUUGCUUGAAGGAAUUAUUAUGUUUUGAGAGCACUCGUGGAGUGGCUAGUGAAUAUUUCCGCCUAUCGGGUUGUUUACCAAUGGUUAGAACAUGUUGUAUUCUGGUGCUGGAGGCAUAAACGGGGUAUUGGAUUGGUGGAAAUAGCUGUAACAUUUCUCCUGGUUUACAUCUUCAUCAUCCCCUUCGAUUGCUAGCGACACUAAGGGGCAAACCGAACCAAGACACUCCCUCCCCUAUAUUCAUCGGGUUUGGGCGACUGUAUGGUUAUAGAUAGGUUGAGUGGGUGAAAUGCCGAUAAUGUAUCAAAUCUGAUCAGGCUAAGUGUUGUGUAAAAUUAGAAAAUUACGAUUGUCAUAGGGUGACAAUGUAAUUGGAGUGACUUGUCCGUUUUAAUUCAGAUCGAGGAAUGUGCUGACAUUGGACAAAAGUCUGUGUUUGUUUGUUUUUUUUUUGUUUUUUUUUUAUCAUUAUUUUUGUUUGUAUUAUUUAUAUCCAUACAUAUGUAUAAAAAAUAAACAAAAAACAAGAUUUUGCCGCAAAGCCUUUCUGCCCUCUCAGGCUUCUUCAUGCGGACUGAACUUUUGUUUAUUUGUACGUUGCUUAGAUAUGUAUGACGUCAUCAGUUUACAAUAGCGUGACGCAAUAAACAAUUAUCAAUAAUUA